UUUUUCUUAAUCUGACAUGUUCAGAAGGCCGCUCUUUGUCGUGCUGCACAUGUGGGCUCUGCACUGGAGAGAGAAAGAGACAUCAGAAGGGAAUUUUACAAUCUUUUUAAGCAGGGGCCUCGCUGCGGAAAAUGUCACUUUAUACAGCAGUAGACCUUGAAAAUAAAAUCUGGAUCAUUCAAAGACUCCCAGUCAGGGGAAAAGUGCCUGCCAGGUCCUCUGCCGGACAAGGGCCUUGAAGUUUGGAGUGGGGAGCCCCCACCAGAGCGUCCGGCCCCUCUGCGAGAUGAGGGAGAAGCCGCCAAAGCCGAGGUGCAGCGGCAAAGCGAGGAGCUGCUGGGUGCCGGGAGCUGUGGGGGCAGCAGGGAGGACGGGGUGUUUCAGAAGCCGGAGCCGGGGUUUGCAGAGCUGGAGAAGAGACUCAGCGAUUUCGCUCUGCAAAGCGCCCACCUGCAGGAGGUGCUGCUGGGAUUCAAAGACGCUGCAACUGGAGCUGGGGAGCAACACAGGCUGCAGAAUAACAUCCGCGGGUCCCUCCAGACUCUCCCAGCCUGCCCAGGGAAGGGAAAUGGAUGCGGCAGAGCUGGCUGAGGGGCUGGUGGCCUUCGAGGAGGUGGCUGUGUAUUUCACCAGGGAAGAGUGGGCUCUGCUGGACCCCGCUCAGAGAGCCCUCUACAGAGCCGUCAUGCAGGAGAACUAUGAGAAUGUGACCUCGCUGGAGUUUCCAGUUUUCACACCUGAAGUGAUCUCCUAUCUGGAACAAGACAAAGAGCCGUGGGUCCCAGAUCUCCAUGAUUCAGAGGAAAGAGAGAUCCUGAGAGGUACCUGCACAAGGGAGGAAUCAUUCAAUCAAUUAAAAACCUGGCUGUGUCUGAAGGACACAGCUGGGGUUCCCGACAGAGACCUUGUGAGUUCUCCGAGUUCAGGAUUGUCCCCAGCAGGUGAUGGGAUGCUGAGGGAGAAGAAGGAGCACCAACCUCCGCAGGAAGAUGCUGAGCAAGACGAACCACACGGGGCAUUAUUGCAAAUAUCUGAGGAGGAUGUGUCCAGGAGUCAUGAGCAGAGAGAAGGUUGUCAGAGUCAACACAGGCCAGAGAGGAAGCAGGGAAACAAGCCAAGGGAGAAAUUGAAUAAAUCCAUUAAUAGUUGGGGACCUCACAAAUACGUCAAGGAAACCACAACCCAGCAGAAAAUCCAGGCAGGAGCGAGAAACAACACGUGCUCUGAUUGUGGGAAAAAUUUCAGUAGCCGCUCAGUUCUUCUUAAACAUCAGAGGAUCCACACAGGGGAAAGACCUUAUGAAUGCCGUGAGUGUGGGAAAAACUUCACUCAGAGCUCAUCCCUUAUUAAACAUCGGAGAAUACACACAGGAGAGAGACCCUAUGCGUGCUGUGAGUGUGGGAAAGCCUUCACUCAGAGAUCAUCCCUCAUUACACAUCAGAGGAUCCACACAGGGGCGCAAUCCUAUGCAUGCUCUGAAUGUGGAGAAAGCUUCACUCGGCGCUCAAACCUGAUUGUACAUCAGCGAAUUCACACAGGAGAAAGACCCUACCAAUGCUGUGAGUGUGCGAAAAACUUCACCAACAGCUCCUCGCUUAUGAAACAUCAGAGAAUCCAUACGGGAGCCAGACCUUAUGAAUGCCACGAGUGCGGGAAAACCUUCACCCGCAGCUCACACCUCAUUGCACAUCAGAGAACCCACACGGGAGAGAGACCCUAUGAAUGCUGCGAGUGCGGGAAAACCUUCACGGAUAGCUCAGACCUUAUUAAGCAUCAGAGAAUCCACACGGGAGAGAGACCUUAUGAAUGCAGUGAGUGCGGGAAAAGCUUCAUGGACAGCUCAGACCUAACUAAGCAUCAGAGAAUCCACACGGGAGAGAGACCUUAUGAAUGCAGUGAGUGCGGGAAAAGUUUCACUCACAGCUCAGCCCUUAUGACACAUCAGAGAAUCCAUACGGGAGAAAGACCCCACGAAUGCUGCGAAUGCGGGAAAAGCUUCACUCAGAGCUCGGACCUAAUUAAACAUCAGCGAAUCCACACCGGCGAGCGGCCCUAUAGAUGCGGUGAAUGCGGGAAAAGCUUCACUUGGCGCUCGAGCCUAAUUACGCAUCAGAGAUUCCACACAGAAGAGAGACCCUAUGGGUGCCGUGAGUGCGGGAAAAAAUUCUUUGUCAGCUCAGCGCUUCGGGAACAUCAGAGGAUCCACAUUGGAGCCAGACCUUAUCAGUGCGGUGAGUGCGGGAAAAACUUCACUCGCAGCUCGAACCUUAUUAGACAUCAGAGGCUCCACUUAGCUUAGAGACACUCUAGAUGCUCUGAGUGUGGGAAAAGUUUCUAUCAGAACUCAGCCCUUACUUAUCCCCAGAGAAUUUGCAAGGGAAACAAACACAAUAAAAACCUUAUUUAAGGCUGACCAUUUUUUUUUUCCUAAUUCCCUCUUAAAGACUUUUUGAACUACAUUUGAAACCCAGGUGUAGAGCCAAUACUCAUAACUUCAAAUACAAAAAUGAUACAUGCAGGCCAAGAGCAUAAUCAUAUUCAGCAAAUCAUAACAUUUCCAUAGAACUCUUACAUGCCCCAUUGGACAAGAUUGGUUGCAAAGAUAUAACAGUGGUUGCAACAAUGAUCUAUAUGGUCAUUGUUUAAUCAGAUAACGUCACAGCCACGUGUAAAAGGAUAAUCCGGCAGGCCAAAAAAGAAUUUGAAGAGCAACUAGCCAAAGACUCAAAAAGUAACAACAAUAAAAUGUUUAAGCACACCAGAAGCAGGACGCUUGCUAAACAGACGGGGGGCCACUGGCCAAUCGAGGUGGUAUAGCAGCACUCAAGGAUGAUAAGGCCAUUGUGGAGAAACUAAUUUACCGUAUAUACUCGUUCAUAAGCCGAAUAUUUUUGGUAAAAAAGUGACGCAUCAAAGAGCGGGGGUCGGCUUAUCAAUGGGUCUACACCAAAAUUUGAGGAUU